UGAUUUUUGGCACUUGCCAAUAGCAAAGAAAAUAGAUAUUAGACCAUAGUAUGGUAUGUUCUGAUGAAUAUUCUACUCAGGCGUUACGUCAAAAGUUGUUUUUUUUUUUGGGGGACUUUAUGGAAAAAAGUCAAAUGGCUCGCAUACAAUUCAACACCUUGAAAGGCUUUCCUCCCGCCAUAGAUGAGAAAGUUGAGACGGAAACAUUUCUAGCUGCUGCCAAUGAGGUAGUUGACGUUAUAAGAACCUUCGGAUCACUCUUUUCUCCUGUUAUUAAUGACAUGGCCGGCAACAUAGCUAAAAUCCGCAAGGUUUAUGGCAGGGACUGCAACAAAUUCAAAUAUCUGGACGAUAUAAUAAUUCUCAACAUAGAUGUAGACAAUAUGGCCGCUGAUGCUUUGCUAUGGCUGAAACGAGGAUUGCAACUGGUGUGCACGUUCUUUGAAAAUAUCUACAAUGAUGCUCAAAAUACCGAAGUGGUAAAGAAACAUCUACAAGAUGCCUAUGAGAAAACGCUAAAACCUUAUCAUGGGUUCAUAGUACAAAGUACCAUUAAAAUCAUCUACAGCUGGGUACCCACAAGAUCUCAGCUAAUCGGUCAAGGCCCCCAACACGACGAAAACAUUAAAGUCCUAACCACAUAUUUACCUACCAUGCGUUGGCAUCUUAAUCGCAUAGACGACUUGUUAAAGAAGCAUAAUUUAGAUAACAAUUGCAAAGUGUAGAACAAAAGUUAUAUGUCAUAGUCUCGAAAUCAAAGCCAUUUAAUUGUUAUAAAUUAAACAUUUGUGUUUGUAGUUUUUAGUCUUAAUAAUAAUUAUAAUAAAAAUGUAAAAGUUA